CCCUGGGCUCCCUCCCACACCCUCUGCACAUGAGGCCAUGAGGCGCCGAGUGGAUCCAGGCCAGGUCACCCCUCCCUGCCCAUCCCCCCACCCAGGGGCUCCCUGCUGCCAAGGGUCUCUUUGAGUCCUGGACUGAGCCCAGCUGGUCCCCGCUGCGCAGAUGGGGAAACUGAGGCCUGGGGAGGUGGAGCGGCUGGCCCCCGGCCACACUGGAAGACCCCGCCCCCUCUGGAACCUCCUGCUGUGGACCCUCCUGAGCUGUGGUUUGGGGGGCAGUGCUCAGGGUCCGGGCGAGUGGACCCCGUGGCGAUCCUGGAGUCGCUGCUCCAGCUCCUGCGGGCGGGGGCUCUCGGUGCGCAGCCGCCGGUGCAUCCGGUUUCCUGAGGAAGAGCCGUGCUGGGGGGACAGCCACGAGUACCGCCUCUGCCAGUUGCCAGACUGUCCCCCGGGGGCCGUGCCCUUCCGAGACCUCCAGUGUGCCCUCUACAAUGGCCGCCCUGUCCUGGGCACCCAGGAGGCCUACCGAUGGGUGCCCUUCUAUGGCGCGCCCAACCAGUGCGACCUCAACUGCCUGGCGGAGGGGCACGCCUUCUACCACACCUUCGGCCGCGUGCUGGACGGCACCCCCUGCAGCCCGGGUACCCGGGGCCUCUGCGUGGCUGGCCGCUGCCUUAGCGCCGGCUGUGACGGUUUGCUGGGCUCGGACGCCCGCGAGGACCACUGCGGCCGCUGCGGCGGCGCCAACGACUCGUGCCUCUUCGUGCAGCGCGUGUUCCGCGACGCCGGUACCUUCGCCGGGUACUGGAACGUGACGGUGAUCCCCGAGGGCGCCAGGCACAUCCGCGCUGCCCACCGGAGCCGCAACCACCUGGCGCUGAUGCGGGGCGACGGGCGCUACGUGCUCAACGGGAACUGGGCGGUCAGCCCGCCCGGGACCUACGAGGUGGCGGGCACCCGCGUGGUCUACACCCGGGCUGCAGGGCCGGAGGAGACGCUUCACGCGGCAGGGCCCACCUCCCAAGACCUCCUCCUGCAGGUCCUCCUGCAGGAGCCCAACCCCGGCAUCGAGUUCGAGUUCUGGCUCCCCCGGGAGCUCUAUGGCCCCUUCCAGGCACGGGCGCAGGCCCUGGGCUGGUCCCCGCGGCAGCCGCAGCCUCGGGAGGUGGAACCUCAGGCCCCAGAGUCCCCCAUGGCCCCCGCGGCCCCCGCAGCCGGCCCCCCACGGCCCCUGACCCCUGCCCCAGACCCCUGCCCACCCUGCCCCGACUCUCGCGGUCGCGCCCACCGGCUGCUCCACUACUGCGGCAGCGACUUCGUCCUCGGGGGCCCCCAGGGCCCCCUGAACCCUGGUCACCCUUGUCUGGCGGUGGGCGCGUGGGUGGGUGCCCAGGAUGGAGCGGCUGGCCAGCCUCAGCACCGCCCUGCCCACAGUGUUCCGGGCCCAAGUCCUGGGCCGCCUGCGCCAGGCCCAGGAGACCCGCUACGAGGUGCGUGUGCAGCUCGUCUACAAGAACCGCUCGCCGCUGCGGGCCCUCGAGUACGUGUGGGCACCGGGCCGCUGCCCCUGCCCGCCGCUGGCCCUGCACCGCGAGUACCUGCUGGCCGUGCAGCGCCUCGUCAGCCCCGACGGCACUCAGGACCGGCUGCUGCUCCCCCAUGCUGGCUAUGCCCGGCCCUGGAGCCCCGCCGAGGACAGCCGCGUGCGCCUGGCCGCCCGGCGCUGCCCUGUCUGAGAGCCUGGACCAGGCCCUUGCCUCGCACAGCAAGAAAGACACACCCGACCGGGCUCAAACUCAACAUAUUUCCCCUCUCGCCCUGGCUUCCAGGGAGCUCAGAAAUAUCUCCUGCUCGAAGCUGGGUGACUCCCUGUCACACACAUUUAGACACCCCUGCACACAGUCAGAUCCACUGUCAUAAGCAGGCAGGCCCUGGUGAGGACACACUGAACAGACUCUCUUAUUUCCUUUCUCACCCUGGCUGCCAGGAAACUCAUUGCUAUUUCACACUCAGAAAUUUUGUGUCUGCUUUUAUUCCCCUUGCCUCACACUCAUUUACUUAGAGACACUGUCACAAACCAAGCAUGGCCCAGAGGAAGGCUUGACUAACAGGACACUGUGAUGUGUCAGUUCCCCUUCUUGCUCUGGCAGCCAGGAAGCUCAUCACUGUUUAACUCUCUGUUGCUCUGUGCUCUCCCUUCUCGCUGCCACUUACACACGUACCCUCACGUCUUCAGAGACACCGUCACAAACAGGCAUGGCCCCCCGUUCCCCCGUUUUUAUUCCUAUUUAAUUUUUACAAGCACUUUAACAAGGACACGUACUUGGCCACAGAGCCUUGGGGAUGCGCUGGUAGUCGGAUCCAUAAUUGCGCUCUCACAGCGCAUCCAGGUGUGGUGACGCGCACCCCGUCCCCUCCGCCUCCUGAUCCAGCCCACCUCCCUCAGCGUGUCUGACCCUGUGUGUGGAGGGGGGACAGGGGAUAUAUGAGGAUGGGGGGAGGAGAGGAGUCAGCGGGGCUUCAUAGGCCCCGAGUCCCCUCCCUGUGCCCCCUUGGGGACCAUUCAUCUCAGGCCUCCCAAGGGACCCCUGCUCUCAGCCUGUCCCCUGUCCUCGUGCCUUUCUUCUCCUCGUGUAUUCUUCUGGAGCUGGGAGGGCAGACCUCGACGGCGUGUGAAUUGGGCGGUCUGUGGGGUGUCACACAGUCACUCAGCAAACCUUCCCCGUGGGGUGCCCCCGAGGGGCCGCCCUUCUGCCUCCCCACCCUGGAUGGGGCGGCUCGCGCUGUCACUGGGACGAUCUGCUCUUCUGUGCCAUCCGCGGUCCUUUUUCUCUGGGCUGCGGGAUGGAGGGAGUGAGGACAGGGUGCAGAUGUGUGGGCCUCGAUGGGCUCAGCCUCUGACCUUGCAGGUGACUUGGACCAGGCCCCGCCCGCUCUGGGCCUCAGUUUCCCCAUCUGCAAGUACCCUUUCAGCCCCUCCCGGUCUCUUCCUAGCGCCUUCCCUAGCCGCGCCUUCAUUCACGCAUCCUUCCAGCUAGUAUUUAUUGAGCGCCUACUGUAUGCCAGGAACCCAGCAGUGCCUGGGCCGUCCCAGGCCUGGCCUUGUCAUCUGCCACCAGUGCUGAAGGUGGAGGACCCCUGGAUGCCCCACUCCUGGGGGCCAAGCGGGGUGCAGGUCUGGAGAGAGGCGCGGGGCCAGGGCCCCCCUGGUGGCAGGACACAGGGAGAAGGGAUUCCAGCCCCGUCCCUACCAUGGGGCCUGCAGCCCACAAGGGACGCAAGUCCACUGGCCCCAUGACACCCACUUCUCUCGUUUGCUGUCCCGGGACCGCCCCUCACCACCCGCUGGCCUCCUUCACCAGUGCCCACCCGGCCCCGCCUCCCACCCCUGCCACCAUUACCCUGCCCCCCACUGUUAGACCGAGGGGGCCCUCAGCCAUGCUAGGUGUGGGGACGUGUCCACCCUCUCAGCUCUGGGAUCCUGGGCAGCCGCGCCACCAGCUCUCAGCCGGGCGCCCCUCACCCUCUGGCCGCGGGGUCCGCUCUGGCAGGCCAGCCUGGCGCCCCCUGAGUGGGGGACUUGUGGCCCUGGCUCUUUCCAGCCCCGGGAAGGCAACAUUGUAUCCAGUUAGUGAUGGGGGGGGGGAAACAGUGGGCCCUGGAUGUCACAAGGUUUCCUGAUCUGCUCUUUAGCUUUAAAAACAAUUUAAAGAGAGAAGAAAUUGCAAUUCUAAAGAUUCUCAAAUUCUGCAACAAACGUCACCCGGAACCAGAGUUCAUGCUGGCCGAGCGAGACCGUGCGCUGUUUGCUGCUUUACAUGUAAACACGAAUAAAAACUGUGGGCGGUGACACAGAGUGAUGGCAACAAAGUGA